CGGUGCUUAUUAUUUGUUGUCAUGGCGGCAUUUUAAACAGUUUUAGCUGUGAUUCGCUUGCUAACUAGCUGUCGAAGUAUAUCCCGUACAAAUAGUAUCCUAGCUACAUAUUUUCACUUUCUUUACAUGAUAAUAUUCGAAGCAUAAUGUACCAUCUGGUUGCAUGGCCACAUACGUACUGAAAUGUUAGGCAAUGUUUUGCCAAAUGUAUCAAAGCUAACGUUAGCUAGCUUUCUAGGCAGGUAGCUAGGUGUACAGGCCACAGCUGAUGUAGAUAUACCGGUAGUUAUCUAGGGGAUUUAGGAACAGCCAUGACUGCAAACCUUCUAUAGUCCCCGAUGACCUUAGGGCAAUCGAAAAGCUGGGUCACAUUAGGUCCAAAUCGAAGCACUCGGCUUUCUCAGACCCAGGUAAGAUAACGUUAGCUAAAGGACAUUCAUGUAAACCCACAUAUGGUCAAAUGGAUUGUGAACUAUCUGACCAAUAAGACCACAGUUCGUAAGAUUGAACCAGGCAGUAUGAGACCAGAUAUGCGCAAACACCGUAACGUUAGCCCCACAAGGCCCUGUCACCUUUCCUGUUUCCUCUCAAUACAUACAUUACUUCACACAACAAUGAACUGCGCCACCUGCAGAAAUUCUCAGACUCUGCUAUAGCAAGUUGUAUCAUGAAAGGUGACGAUGCUCCUAACAGGGAAUUAAGAGUCCUGAGAGUUAUAGUGGACAAUAAACUGAAGGAUAAUUCCCAGAGUAUCUAUAAAAAAGCCUAAUCCAGACUGUACUUUUUAAGGAAGCUAAUAUAUUUUAAUGUAUGAGACACAAUGCUUCUCAUGUUUUACAGCCACAGCCAUCACAAAUGACUAAUUUGUUAUGCCUUUUAUUUAUGUAGUUGUUGCUGUUUCCGAGGUGAAUAGACAACAUACUUUCUUACCUAUCUUUUAUGGCUAUUAACGUGCGGGAGUUUUAUUUAAGCGAUAAUGCCUGAGGGGGUGUGAUAUAUGGCCAAUAUACCACAGCUAAGGGUUGUUCUUAGGCACGAUGCAACGUGGUAUAUUGGCCAUAUGUCACAAACACCCAAGGUGCCUUAUUGCUAUUAUAAAAUGGCUACCAACAUAAUAAGAGUAGUAAAAAUAAAUAUUUUGUCACACCCGUAUAUCACGGCUGUCAGCCAAUCAGCAUUCAGGGCUCGAUCCACCCAGUUUAUAAUAUGUGUUUUAUCAUGUGUUUGUCACUGAUAUGGCUCCUGUCUUUGUAAUUUUAUUGAUUGAUGAUGCUGAGUUGGGAUUAAUAAAGUACUACUGUACUCUCUACUCUCUCUCCAUCUUAUACUAGUAAUGAUACUAGCAUGCCAUCAUGAUGGAUAUUGAAAUAUAACAUUAUCACGUUGUGAAUGCCAGUUGAUGUGGCCAGAUGAUAAGUUGGACAGCCGGAUGUAACGUCAACUUAGCUAGCUAGCUAAAUAGUGGCACUGGAAUGAUUCCAGUGCCACUAUUGUUUUCUUUCAGUUACUCUUCAGUGCAACCAUGCCUGCCAACGCCUAUAACCGUGCUACCCAAGUUGGCCCAGCUGGACCCAUUGUGAUUGAGAAGCUGAUGCCCCGGGUAGAGAAGCGGGAUGACCUGGAUAGCACCUGCAGCUCUCUGUGUUUCUCUGCUCUGUCUGAGGAGCGUCUGCUGGCUGCAGUCAGGCUGGCCAAGAGAGAUCUGAGGAAGAGAUGACAGGAGUCAUUGAAGAGCUCCCCCAUCAGACCACAGCCAGAGGAGACCACUCCCAUCAAGAACAAUGUGGAGCAGAAGAGGGUUUUUCCUAAGGGGAGGUCAAAGACAGCCGGCCCCAAAGAAGAAGUGACUCGGUCUGGAGCCAAGGUGCUUGUAUGCACCCCCCAGAAGUACAUCUCUGUACCCCCUGGGCCUGAUCAUGGCCUGUCCCCCCCAACCAGAGACCCUGGCCCAAGGCAGACAGCCAGCCAGGCAGGAGCCCGAGACAGCACUCAGCCAGGAGGUCCGCAGGCUGCAGAGAGAGCUGGCCAACUACAUCCAGAGAUUAGAUCAGCUCACAAACAGAGGGCGAAUGGUUGCAGAGCCCUUGGAGCCUGAUGAGCAGCGCAGGGUGGAGGUCCGCAGACAGGAACAGGCAGCCCGCUCUGCACGCAUCAUCUAUGUGCUGCAACAACAGGCGAAAGAGAUCCAAGAGGAUUUAGACAAAGUGCGCUCACAGAAGAUUGAGCACACAAACAAAAUCCAGAGCGAUGGACAGGUUGGCUGCUGCCCACAGAGGGGCGGUCAGGGCCAUGCAGAGGUUCACUAAUCACCUGUCUGACACGUCUGAGGGCAGGAUGCCCUCCCAUUAUAAAGAGCUGGGCCAGCUGAUCUGCCAGCUUUCUCUGUGCUCGGCCAAGGUGGAGGUGGGCCAGGGAUCAGCCAUCCCAGAGACUGCCCUGGACAUCCUGCAGAAACUAGGGACCCUGGAUACUGCUCUCAGCAAGCAGGAGAGUCCAGUACAUAGGAGGCACGCCCGAGCGCGCAGUUCCUCCCCUGCAUGCUACCGCAGGUCUCCACAUCGCAGCAUGUCUCCUCCCCGUUCUCGUGCACCCAGGGGCCCUGCCACCAGGGGUCUCAGAGGACCUUUUAGAGCAGCAGGCCCCAAGAAGUCCUUCCCUGCAAAUAGGAGAGCGCUCCCUCAGCAUCAGCAGCCCCCCAGAGCCACAGAGCCUCCUCCACAGCUGGAUCGCAGUCAGGUGCUCAGGGCUGGCCUGGAGAGCCUGGUCCAUCUUAGAGAACUUGGGGAAGGUGGGGGACAGGUCCCCAACAGUCAAGGAGCACUGCACCCCGACAGGACAAAGAAGCAGGGAGCCCACGUGAGGGAUACAGGUUUCCAGCAGCCCACAGUGGCUUCCAGGCUGAGAGUGUCAGCACCCACAGAAGGAGGCCUCUGUGCCCUGGAUACCCACGUCACCUCACUCUCCUUCUAAACAAUAACAACAGUGCUCCCCUCAGAAGAGACCAGAUCCUCGAUGUCUCUUCUCCCCUCUGAAGCCCUCCUCAGGCCCUUCAGAGCAGCAGCUGAGUGGUGUGGUGACAGCAGCGCAGGACUAUUGUCUGACCUGUGAUAGACAGAGACAUGCCCACAACGAAGCCCUCAGGUCACUGAUAAUAACAAUAAUGCAUUUUAUUUGCAGAAAUCUUUUCAUUUAACGCAUAAAACAUAAACCAUUGGACAUGGCAAACAACGUUGUGCCUUAUUAGCAUCACAGUACCUUACUAGUCUCAUUUAUGAGGUUUUAGUUGAUGUAUAAUACACUACAUCACCAAAAGUAUGUGUACACCUCUUUGUCGAACAUCUCAUUCCAAAAUAAUGGGCAUUAAUAUGGAGUUGGUCCCCCCUUUGCUCUUUGCUGCUAUAACAGCCUCUACUCUUCUGGGAAGGCUUUCCACUAGAUGUUGAAUCAUUGCUGCGGGGACUUGCUUCCAUUCAGUCACAAGAGCAUUAGUGAGGUUGGGCACUGAUGUUGGGCGGUUAGCCCUGGCUUGUAGUUGGCGUUCCAAUUCAUCCCAUUGGUGUUCAAUGGGGUUGAUGUCAGGGCUCUGUGCAGACCAGUCAAGUUCUUCCACACCGUUUUCAACAAACCUUUUCUGUAUGGCCCUCGCUUUGUGCUCGGGGGCACUGUCAUGCUGGAACAGGAAAGGGCCUUCCCCAAACUGUUGCCACAAAGUUGGAAGCACAGAAUUGUCUACAAUGUCAUU